AUGACUGCGUCUCAGCCUCCAACACUAGGCCAUCGACGGGAGGUGCCUUUUGCAACAGCAGAGGAUAGUUCUGUUCAUCCUUCUCUGACGCAUAGAAAUAUAACGCCUGGUGCUGAUAGUCAUAGCACAUUCUCGUCCGAUAUGAUUCCGAAUAUGAAUUACUCCAGAUCCGAAAUAGGUAACGAUGAAAAUUCGAGAGUCUGGGAAGAAGAAAUUAUUUCAUCAUCCGAGGAUGAGAUCAAACGACCAAAACCUUCCUAUAAGAGUUUACUUUGGAUUCCUCUUGUCAUAAUUUUGAAUCUAUGUGUUGUACUGUAUUUUUAUAUUCCGCUACACAAGAAAUUGAAUAUUAGAAUGAUUUGGAAUUUGGACGACUUGAAGAAAGUCUAUGGAGCCAUAACGAGCAAAGAGGCUGAAAAGCACUCCUUUGAACUGUGGUGCUUAUUUUUCUCUCUCUAUUUAUUUAAUCAAAUAUCAUGUAUGCCAGGAACUGUGUUUCUUAACAUUAUAUCUGGGUCUAUGAUGGGAACGUUUUAUGGUACUUUAGUUUGCACAAUUUUGAAUACGAUCGGAGCUGUUCUCUGUCACGUUUUGUGGUAUUUUAGCGGAAAAGACUUUUUAUUAAGUUUUGAAUGGUUCAGAGUUAGAGUUUCUAAACUCUCGGCAAUGUUGCAAGGAUAUAGGAAAAAAGGAGGCUUUAAAAUGACCUGGUUUUUGAUAUCACUUCGAUUGUUUCCCCUGACACCGAACUGGUUUGUGAAUAUUGCUGGUCCAGUACUUGGAAUCACUACUACUGAACAAAUUUAUUCUGUAUUUAUUGGCAUGAUUCCAUUCAAUUAUAUCACUGUUCAUGCUGGAUUGCUACUUUCAGAGCUUAAAACUGUGAAUGACAUUUAUCAACCAAAAACUGUGUUUUUGCUGGUACUCCUCUCCCUUCUCUCCCUCAUUCCUGCAAUCAUGAGAAAAUUUGGAAAGAAAGACGAAAAAGAAGAAGCUAUUAUUAUUGAAUCUGACUCAUCUACCACCCUUCCAUUUUUUGGAAACCAUGCAUUGAAUCGCUCAUUCAAACCACAACAUGAAUUUAUUCACGAUACCAUGAAGGCCUCCAAAGGCAUGGUUGUAAAUAGUGUCAAGUUUUUAUCCAAAAUGAUUGAACAACAAAGUAGUCAAUAUUUUGGAUCGACCUCCAAACCAUUCUCUGACUCGUACAAGAUUUGUUCGAAAUGGGAAAUCUUGUCCUUACCACGACACUCAGCUGGUGGUCCCUUGACACUCAGCGAUAACUCGUCUCUGAAAAUUGAUCCGUCGUCCAAGACCCAGAAAAAAAUUUUCUCUUCUCCACACGCUGCAUUUCAAAUCAUCACCACAUCAGAGAUGGAAUUGAAUCCUAUGGAAAAGCCAGACUUCUCCGGCUAUUUGAAGAAAAAGGGAGGAAAUAUCAAGACCUAUAAGAGAAGAUGGUUUGAACUGAGAGGAAAACUCUUGUUCUACUUUAAGAAACAAGGAGACAAAAAACCAACUGGUUUCAUCAACAUUUCUGGAGCAAAAGUUGAAGUGGAUGAAUCAAAACCAAUUAGUUUCAAGCUCAGAGGCAAAAACUUGGCAAGAGUUUAUGAAAUUUCAGCGGAAAAUGAAUUUGAUUUCAAUUCAUGGAUGAAAGAGUUGAACAAGGCAAUUAAUUAUAAUCCAACACAAGACAAGGAAGGAUUGGAGGAAGUCAAAGAUGAAAUUCGUAAUGCCAAGUCGCAAGAACAAGUGACAGUUUCAGGAAAGGCAUCGUCUGGAAAGAAGGUUACAUUGAGUGAUUUUGAAUUGUUGACUGUGGUCGGAAGAGGUUCAUUUGGUAAAGUUAUGAAAGUAAGAGAGAAGGGAACAUCUAAAGUUCUUGCCAUGAAAGUUCUCAGAAAGGACAUGAUUGUCAAGGAAAACAUGGUGUCACACACUCUUGCUGAGAAGAAGAUUUUGCAAAGCAUUGAUCACCCAUUCAUUGUUGCUUUGCAUUACGCUUUCCAAACGGAAGAAAAACUCUAUCUCGUUUUGGACUAUUUGCCUGGUGGUGAAUUGUUCUUCCACUUGAGAGAAGAGACUAAAUUCGAUGUUGAACGUGCCAAAUUCUAUGCUGCACAAAUUGUUCUCGCAAUUGAACAUUUACACAAGAAUGACAUUAUUUAUAGAGAUUUGAAACCAGAAAACGUUGUUCUUGAUGCAGAUGGUUAUGCUGUUUUGACUGACUUUGGCUUGGCUAAAACAUCAGUUGGAAAUAAUACACCAACAUAUACUUUCUGCGGUACACCUGAAUAUUUGGCUCCUGAAAUUUUGAAAGGUCAAGGACACGGAAAAGCUGUCGAUUGGUGGAGUUUGGGUAUUUUACUUUAUGAAAUGAUUGUUGGUUUACCUCCAUUCUAUUCUGAAAAUAUCAAUGAAAUGUAUGAACUCAUUUUGAAGGCUCCUCUCAAAUUCCCAAGCACAGUUGACGCUCAAGCUCAAUCAAUUUUGAAGGGACUUUUAGAGAGAGAUGAACACAAGAGAUUGGGUGGAGGUCCACAAGAUGGAGCUGAAGUUCGAAGCCAUCCAUUCUUCAAGAAUAUUGAUUGGGACAAGCUCUAUCAUAAACAAAUCUCUGCUCCUUUCAAACCACAAUUGAAUGAUGGUAAUGAUACCAAAUAUGUUGACACAGAAUUCACGUCUGAGCGUGCCCAUGACAGCUUUGCAGUUGGAAUUGGAAAGGAAGAAAACAAAUCAUUCGACGAUUUUGACUUUACCAAAUAA